UCCACUCCAGUAUCACUCUCCGUUGGUGUUUACCAGUUUGCACGUCGAACAGAAGAAGAUCACUCUCCGUUGAGGAUAUAACCACAUUGAACAGAAGAAGAUCACUCUCCGUUCGUGUCCGUUCGGACUCAACCCCCAGAGCUGUGCGAUUAUUCACAAUCAACUAUUGCCUUGUUCACGGCAGAAUAUACAAGAAUUCGUAAUUAUGGUGACUGCGAAGAAGUUCGUGCUGGUGAAGCACUUCGAAGGUGAGCCCAAGCCGGACGAUUUGAAGCUCGAGACGGAGGAGCUGCCGGCUAUUCAAGAUGGAGAAUAUCUCGUCGAGGCGGAAUAUCUUUCAGUGGACCCUUACAUGCGGCCCUACUCGGCGAGGUACCCCUUGGGGACAACGAUGAUUGGGUCCCAGAUUGCCAAAAUCAUCGAGUCUAAAAAUCCAGACUUUCCGGUGGGAAUGAGGGUCAGUGGUUACAUGGGCUGGCGGACACACACAAUCGUCAACAUGGAAGGGGAGCACGUGUUUGAUAGUCCUCCACGGCUUCUUCCCGAAAUGAAGACGCUGAUGAGAAUGAGAUUCCUGUCGCCAUCCCUCGGACUCGGGGUGAUGGGCAUGCCUGGGUACACUGCCUACUUUGGCUUCUUGGAAGUCUGCAAGCCGAGGGCGGGUGAGACCCUGGUGGUGACUGGAGCAGCUGGAGCCGUCGGCUCCCACGUGGGCCAAAUUGGAAGGAUCAUGGGAUUGACAGUCAUCGGAAUCACUGGCUCCGAUGAGAAAUGCCAGUGGCUUACGGAGGAAUUGCGCUUCGAUCAUGCCAUCAACUACAAGACACAAAAUGUGGAGGCUGAACUGAAGAAAGUCGCUCCCAACGGUGUUGAUUGCUUUUUCGAUAACGUGGGAGGAGAGAUCGCCAGCACGAUUAUCUACCAAAUGAACGCCUUCGGUCGCGUCUCGAUCUGCGGAAGCAUUUCAGCGUACAACAAUGACGCCUCUGAGUACCCGAAGGCGACGAUCAUCCAGCCUGCUGCGGUUUCCAAACAACUGAAGAUCGAGGGCUUCCUCGUCUGGCGGUGGGCGGACCGUUUUUCCGAGGCUUUCAAGACAAACCUCGAAUGGAUCCAAAAGGAACGGCUCCUGUACAGGGAGACUGUCACUGAGGGAUUCGAGAACAUGUUCAAGGCGUUCGCUGGAAUGCUGAAAGGAGAGAAUAUAGGGAAAGCCAUUGUUAAACCUUGAAAAACCCUUCUAAAUGAAGAAAAAACUAAUUUUUCAUCGUUUCUAUGUUCAUUUUUGCCAAUAAAAAUUCAAAUAUUUUCAAAUAUUU